AUGCUCAAAUACGCAAAUUUUCUGAAGGAUCUACUGUCCAACAAGAAGAAGCUGGAAGAGUUAGCCACGGUAACUCUAAAUGAAGAAUGCUCAGCAAUUCUGCAAAACAAAAUGUCUGGAAAAUUGAAGGAUCCAGGGAGUUUUACUCUUCCUUUUCUCAUUGGUAAAUUGAUAGUUGAUAGAGCUUUGGUUGAUCUAGGUGCUAACAUUAAUUUGAUGCCAUAUUCUAUUUUUAAGAAAUUAGGUUUGGAAGAACCUAGGCCAACUAGGAUGAGUAUUCAAUUAACUGAUAGGUCAGUUAUAUAUCCUAGGGGUUGUCCCUUUUUAGCUAUUGCAAAAGCCAUAAUUGAUGUGAGUGAUGGAAAGUUAAUUUUGAGAGUAGGGGAUGAAAAAGUCACUUUCAAAAUUCCUGAAGUAAUGAAAAAGUCCUUAAAGCAAGACGAUUCUUGUUUCUUCCUUAAUGUAAUUGAUGACUUUGUUUCUGACUGUGCACAAGAAUUCUUUAUGUCAGAUCCAUUGGAAAAGAGCUUAGUUCAUGAAGAAGGAAAAGAUGACAUGAGCAUGCUAAGUCGAGAACAGUGGUGUCAUUUAGAAUCCAUGGGGCCCUUAUUGAGAAGGAGGAACUUUGAAGUUCUGGAGCAGAAUUCAGAUAAGCAACCCAACCCAUCCACUGAUGAAUCACCAGAUGUAGAAUUGAAAGUCCUAUCCGAACAUCUGAAAUACGCCUUUUUGGAAGAUGGUUGCAAGCUACCGAUUAUCAUUGCUUCAGAUUUAACACAAGAGCAAAAAACCCAGCUGCUGAAUGUACUUCAGGAGUACAAGAAAGCAAUAGCAUUGAAGAUCUUUGACAUAAGAGGGAUUAGUCCUUUUUGCAGUCAAAAGAUUUUGAUAUAG